AUGCUGCAAUCGCUAUCGCUGUCAGCGCUGCUACUCAGCGCACGAGUUCUCGCCUCACCCUCCUCGCCCCCCAGCGACCCUCUCCCUCUCCUCAUCUGGCACGGCCUAGGCGACAACUACGCCGCCGACGGCCUCGCAGAAGUCGCCUCUCUUGCCUCAGAAACAAACCCGGGAACCUACGUCUACAUCAUCCGGCUCGACGAAGAUGCCUCCUCCGACCGCACUGCGACCUUCCUCGGCAACGUCACCGAGCAAAUAGCCACCGUCUGCGCCGCCAUUACCGCCGACCCCAUCCUCUCCUCCGCGCCUGGCGUCAACGCCCUCGGCUUCUCGCAGGGCGGGCAAUUCCUGCGCGGCCUAGUCGAGCGCUGCGGCGGUGCCAACGGCAUCCAAGUGAGAAACCUCGUCACAUUCGGCAGCCAACACAAUGGCAUCGCCAAGUACCAGCUCUGCAAGCCUACCGACUGGCUCUGCAAGGGCUACAUCGGACUGCUUAAAGCAAAUACCUGGGGCGCCUGGGUGCAAGGCCACCUCGUGCCGGCGCAGUACUUCAAAGCUGUUGAUGAGGACACGGGCGAGCCGACAGACGAGUACCUCGCCAACAGCAACUUUCUCGCAGACAUCAACAAUGAGCGCGCGCUCAAGAAUGUCACGUAUGCGCAGAAUCUCGCGCAGCUGGGUAAUUUCGUCAUGUAUGUGUUUGAGAACGAUACGACGGUUAUCCCAAAGGAGACAGGGUGGUUUGCGCAGACGAAUUUGACGAGUGGAGACGUGGUGGAGUUGAGGGAUAGGGAUAUCUACAAGGAGGAUUGGAUUGGAUUGAAGAAGUUGGAUGAGAAGGGUGGACUUCACUUCAAGACCAUAGAGGGCGAGCAUAUGACGCUUGGGGAUAAGGUGUUGAAGGAGGUGUUUAAGGAGUGGUUUGCGCCACCGAAGGCGAGCUGGAAGAAGGUUGUGGAAGAUGUGGUGCAGGAGGUUCUUGAGUUGUAGUUCUCCUUCGAACUUGAUAAUUGAAAGGUCGGUACUCCUUCAAAUAACAUUGCGUUAAUACACAUUGUAAAGUCG